AUGGAGCAAAAGCUGACCGUAGUGAUAGACCAAAUGCCUUCCCGUGGAGCUCUCCACCGGUGGGCUCACUCCGAUACAACUUUCCGUUUCGACGAUCUUCCUCGAUCUUUCCUCCCUUUACCUCCCAACUUCCUCAUCCAAUCCCACUCCGCCGCCUGUCAUCACCUUUCCCACCGAUUCCUCGGACAACUCCUCAUCCAACAGCCAACCCUCUUGCUCCUCCCACGUCUUUCUGUGGACUCUGAUUUCUUCGACGGAAUCGGGUUGACUGGACCGAUUCCCGUAAGAGCUGGAGAUGAGAAAUUAGGCGGGAAAGUAGGGAAGAGGGCUCACCAUAGGCAUAAUAACUACAUGGAUGGGUCUUUUGAGGUUCAGUCCUUGAUAGUUAUUUAUGGUAUUAAAACAACUAUUACUUCUGAUAGACUUGCUGUAUAA